GGCCAACACUUCCCCUUUCAUUGGGCCACGUAAGCUUCUUUAAAGCUUUCAGCGCAACCUCUCGGGAACCAAAAUAACGUAGCCCAAUAAAAGAGGAAGUCUUGACUGGAGAGUGCAGGAGGCGAGUGUCCCUAGAAUUGCUCAAAAGCUUUUUUAACCUAUUAGCCCAUCUACCAUCCAAUGGUUAGUCAUCAUACAAAACAUAACAUUUCUGUAAACCAAACCUACAAGUCUCACUAUUUUCUCCUUCUUUUAUUCUUUAAUUCUUUUCAUGUACCUCUUCAGCAUUCACCUUGAUAUGCCCUUCCUCUGCAAUCUGCAUAUAUAUAGCCUAAUAUUAAUUCCCAAACCUCCAUUUCCUAUUCUUACCCUCACAAAAAAACCUUCUCUCACUAAACACAGACUGAUAUAUGAUCAAAUUUCAAGCUUAUGAGCAAAUUAAUUAUGGGUAUGAAACUCUUGAAUCUACAGAUGAUUCCAUGGUGUUUUCAGUUGUUGGGCAACCACAUCUCCUGUCUCCAGUUUCAGCCGGAACCGCCUCUUGCCACCAUCAAGCUAGUCAAGUCAGAUGGAAUGGUCAAGAUCUACAACCGCCCCAUCCAUGUAUCCGAGCUCAUGGCAGAGUUCCCCAGGCACAUGGUCUGCCGUUCCGAUUCCCUAUACAUCGGGCAGAAAAUCCCGGCUCUCUCCGAGGACGACCAGCUUCAGCUCGGCCACAACUACUUUCUUCUUCCUAAGCAUUUUUUUCAGUCCGUCCUCUCCUUCGUCACCGUUGCCUCAUUGGCCAAGCAAUCCAGAAAUUCUUUCUUGAAGAAAGCGGUUGCCUGUCAGCCCUUAGAUAUCCAGAAAACACCAUCUGGGUGUCCCAGGAUACGCGUCUCGGAUGAGUUUAUAACGCAGUUGAUAGAAGAAGGCAGAAUGAAAGCAGAGGACGAUAACAAGGAGGCGGAAGAGCAGUGCUCUGCCUUCCGGAACAGAGUAUGCAACACCCCGCAGUUGCAGAAGGAUUAUACACAGCUGGUUGUGUCUCGCUGCCAUUGGAAACCAAAGCUGGAGACCAUAAAGGAAACAGAAAAGAGAAAGAUUUCUUCUUUUGGAAUGAAGAGGAGAAAGAAAUCACAAUCACAAAGACCCUCAAUAUUUUCAGAUCACCUUGGAAAGUAUUCUUGUACCAAACACAAGAUUAUUAGGAUCAAAUCAUCAAGUAAACGAUGAUUGAUGCUAAUUUUUGUUCCUUUUUUUUUUUCUUAAUUAAAUCAUCAUCAUAUUCACCUUGUAAAACUGAUUAUAGUUUUUCAGAAUACAGAAUGAGAUAAAAA